CAAGAGCAAAAGCGGCAAGCGAUAAGUCACUUUGUGUGUGGCCAUUUCUACAAGCGCGCACGUAUCGGUAAGCAUGACCAGCAGGAGGGAUCAAGAUCAGGACUUGUCUGAUCGGGUGGUUCUGAUCACAGGUGAGCAUAGAGCGCAAGCCUUUGCGCCAUACCUCCAAUCACGUGGAGAGGGAGAGAGAGAGAGGCUAAAGCUUGUUCAAACGUGGCUCCUCUCCCUUACUUUGUGCGCUUUCGCCUUGCGUUGGCGCAGGCGCUUCGUCGGGAAUAGGCGCUUCGACCGCAAAGCUUUUAGCUCAGCGUUUUCCUCCUCGAGCAUUAGCGCUAGGCUACAAUCGAAAUGAGCAAGGCAUCCGCUCCACCAUCUCUGCCAUCCAGUCCCACAUUCCCCAAAAUGCUGCUCAGCAGAAGCAGCAUGCCCAAAUGCAGGUAGAAGCUUUUCAGGCUGAUCUGUGCGACGAGAAGCAGACGGUCGAGCUUUACGAACGGGUCAAGAAGAGGUUUGGGAGAGUGGAUUGCGUGUUCAUCAAUCAUGGCAUCAAUGGAGGCAAGCAUUUGGGUCCUUUGGGAGAUAUGGAUGAUGUUUCGGUAGAGGAUUUCAAGAGCACUUGGCAAGCCAACACGCUGAGUCCUUUUGUGCUGACAAAGUGCUGCAUCAAGGAGAUGGCUUCUAGGGGAUACGGAAGAAUCAUCUAUUGCAGCUCCGUAGCAGCUCUGACGGGCGGUGUGAUAGGUCCACAUUACUCUUCUUCCAAAUCGGCGCUGCAUGGAAUGAUGCGUUGGGCGGCAAAUCGGUAUGCCAAAGAGGGAGUCACUGUCAAUGCUGUUGCUCCUGCUCUCAUCGACGGAACCGGUAUGAUCAACACUGACGAGAAGCCCGAGAUGAAGGAUGCGUUGCAAAAGAACAUCCCGAUUGGAAGGUUGGGCACGGUAGAGGAGGUGGCUGACGUAGUCUUAUUGCUGCUGACCAAUUCAUACAUCACUUCCAAGUGCUGGUCGUUGGACGGAGGUUGGGUGCACCAAUAAUCCUACCAAAGAUCUUUCCCCCCUCCUCCUUGUCGAUGCCCCUUUGGUUUCAUCCCUCUCUCGCC